GUCGUUUCCUUCCGCAUUCGUGAUAAACAUACAGUCGCCAUUUUAUCUGUUUGGUGGUAUUAGAAGAAAAGAAAAUCCUAAAUCAUCGUGGACAUGACGCAGUAAAUUGGCUAUCUCAAAACUCUGGGUGCAUUUAUGGUUAUGUUUGUUAUUUCGAAGGAGACAGACUACGAUUUUCUGAAGAUGAGUUUCUUUUUUGGCAGUAGAAAUAACAAAACAUUCAAGCCAAAAAAGAACAUCCCAGAAGGAACUCAUCAAUAUGAUCUAAUGAAACAUGCUGCUGUCACAUUGGGUAGUGGAAAUUUGAGGUUGGCUGUUAUGCUCCCAGAAGGAGAGGAUCUUAAUGAAUGGGUGGCUGUCAACACUGUGGAUUUCUUUAAUCAAAUCAACAUGUUGUAUGGCACAAUCACUGAGUUCUGCUUGGAGGAGACAUGUCCAGUCAUGUCAGCAGGCCCCAAAUAUGAGUACCAUUGGGCAGAUGGUCAGACAAUUAAGAAGCCUAUUAAGUGCUCUGCACCAAAGUACAUUGAUUAUCUGAUGACUUGGGUGCAAGAUCAGCUGGAUGAUGAAACACUUUUCCCUUCCAAGAUUGGUGUACCAUUCCCAAAGAAUUUUUUGUCCAUUGCCAAAACUAUACUGAAACGUCUGUUUCGUGUCUAUGCUCACAUCUACCACCAGCAUUUCAAGGAAGUGGUACAGCUGAGUGAGGAGGCACAUUUGAACACCUCCUUUAAGCAUUUUAUAUUUUUUGUGCAAGAAUUCAACCUUAUUGAUCGCAAGGAACUGGCUCCUCUUCAAGAGCUUAUUGACAAACUUACCAGCAAGGAUCGGUAAAAACUGCAGUUUUGCUGCAGCUUAUUGUCUAGGACCGAGCUUUCCCAGAUGCUUUGCCCACCACUUCACAUGGCCUGUGAAUGCCUUGAAGCAGUUGCGUAAAAGUUUUAGACUUUCUUUGGCAUAUGUAAAUGUCAAGGAUAUGUAAAGACUUAUGUUGGACUUUUGAGAUCAGAAGCCAGUACUAUGUGAUGUUACAUUGUGUGGGCAAGUUCUAGUGAAGGUCCUGAUUAGUUAGAUUAAUAGAUUUAUCAGACCAACACAAGACGUUCCUGCUUAUUGCUACAGAAGUUUUAUUGUAAUUGUUUGCUUGUUUUAAGUUAUUUUCUUAAGGAUCCUUAUGUCGGUUUGUUACCCAUUUCAUGUUAUUCUUCUCAGUCAUUGCACACUUAGAAUUCGCUGUAAAUCUUCAGAGGAACACAUCAUGGAAUUUAAUAUUUUCUUUUUGUUUCUUUGCUGCUAGAGAUUUUUGACAUGUCAGACUUUGUUUAUAUGAAAUUUGUGCAAGUUUCUUAGCAACAAAUAUAUCUUGUUUGAAAAUACACCUUAAGGCUUAAGUGUUUCAUGAGGUGGGUCUUAUUCUGUUUGACAUGUUAUUAUUUAAACUCAGAAGAAAGAAAUUUUUAUCAUUUUUCAAUGUAAAAUUUAGCAUUUAACAUCUUUUUUGUUUGUAGCCAGUGUACAGAGCAGUCUAAUUCACAGCAGUGAAUUCAUGGUCACUUAUGCCAUCUUUAUGUCUGCUGAUUCUUGACACAGUGUUUGUGUUUUUGUGAAGAUUUCUAUAAAAAUACAAAGAACAACUGGUGAUUUGUUUCCUUUCAAUUUUUAUCUAGGUUUUCUCACACAAGAUCCUUGCAAAAAGUUUUAUAGUGGGGGACAACAAUAAGAUUAGUUAUUACUGACAUAUUAAUUUUGCACUUAAUUAAUUGAUUUUAAAUUCAGUUUUUGAUGCUUAAAGCAUAUGCAUCAUUCUAAAUUUCUUGAUGACAAUAGAACAUUUAUUCACAAGGUACUUGUUGGGCAAGACUUUUGAAUGUUUGAUAUUUAUACAACAUAAGUAACAGAAGGGUUAUCUUGAUUUUAGUUUAAGUUAAACCCUCUUUAUCAUCAAUUGUGCUAAAUUCUAAUCAUGAAAAAAGAGCUUUUGAUGUUUAAUACUUUGAAAACAUUUAUACUUUUAAGCUUUACUUAGCACAAAAUGAAUAUGAUUUGUCUUACUCUUUAAACAGCAAUUUAAAUUAAACCAUAGAUUACACGCUGUGUAGUUUAGAGACAGUCAUGGGAAUAUAUGAUGUGCAUCUUCAUUCUGUUUUAUAAAUGGAAGCAUGGAUCCUUGCUGCAGGUUUCGAAGUUGUGAAGUGUUGACAUGUUUGAUUGUGUCUUGCUCAUUUGAGAGGUGUAGGUGUUGUCCUGCCGUCAUAAUACUUCAUGGUUCUUCUGGUCUGUGCUCAGCGACAAGAAAAAAGUUUAGCCAUUUGCUGCAUGUACUUAUCAAUUGGCAUGAGAAAGUAUUAUUUUCAGAUCCGGUAUCUUUAUUGGUUUUGAGCAUUAGUUUCUCUAUCUUUGGUAAUUUUAAAGUAUUUUUAAAUUCUUAGGUCUCUAAUUUCUAAUAAUUGUUACUUUUUCACCCAAAGCAUGGUAAUAUUUGUGUAAUAGCAAUAAAGACUCUAAAGUUCUGUCUAGAAAUUACAAGCAAAUUUGUAACACAUUUUGCUAUUAGUCAUUCUGUGCUAAUACUUUUCACAGCAGUAGGUAUAUUGGCAAAUGCUUUAUGUAAUCUCAGAUUUUAUUCAGUUUUGUGCCUUUGUUAUUUAUUAAUGUUAACACAUUGAACAUUGUGUUUUUGCUUUGAAAUAGUAGCUAUACCAACUGUAGGUAGUUUGUAAAGAUGGUUCUCUUCUGUUGGGACCUAAAAUGGUCAUGUUAGCAUUAACAGUUUCAAAGAUUAGCUGAAAUUUAUAAGAGUUGCUCUUGGUGCAAAAGGUUAGAUUUCCAGACUUCUAACAUAUCUGUUUUUUAGUGAGAGAUUUUUGCAACUGUAAUUUUAGAAGUUUUAACCUUUCUGCUUUUUGUGCACUAUUUUAUGUAAUAUUUUAAAUGAGAUUAAUAAUCGUCUUCUUCUGUUACAUCCUAGAAAAGUUUAAUGCUUUUUAAGAUUAUAAAUUUAAGAUGAUUUUAUUUUGUUUGAAGAAGCAGAUGGUUUAAAAUCUUUAAGCUGUUAAUAGAAAUGCCAUAAGUAGCUUUUUUUCCCUAAAUCUAAAUAAGCAUAAUUUCCAGCAUUUAUUUUGUGCACAUUUUGUUAACGAUAUUUGGCUAGCAAUGAAAUUCCAUUACUGUGCUUGCACAAUUGCAAGUAUUAGCUGUGGUUAAUUGCAUUGUACAUAUAAUAGGCCAGAAUUUAAAAAAAAAUAUUGAUAGAAAAAUAAUGUAAUUGACAGUGAUGGCUAAGACAUAAUGUAGUCAGAUACUGGAACUAAUAGAAUACCAAUGUUUGGUAUGCAUGUUCUUUAUUAUCCUUUACCAUAACUUUCAGUAACAAUAACUUAACAAGAACAACACAAGAAGUAUACUUUUUGGAAAAGGAGCUUUAAUUUGUUAGGCUUUGGGGAUUGUACUGGAGUCUUGGAGUGCAUCGGCGUUUAACGGGAUUGGAUAUAAGUGCAGGUACAUGGAUAUUUGAUGCCUUGCAUUUUAAAUACAUUAAGCAGUAUGCUUUUCUAUUUGUAAUUUUAUGUUACUGCUGAGUCAUUACUGCUUCCUUUUCUUUCUAUGCACUGGAUCUGUGCACUCUUUUUAUACUUUUUCUAAAUCACUUGCAUUUUUUUUCAAACCUGCACAAAGGGUUACAGUUGAUUUCAGAGCAAGAAAGGCAUCAAAGAAUAGCAUACAAGUUGAAUGGGUUAGCAGAAGACUAUUGAACAGGUGUUUGGCUUGACAUGAAACUACAUAUGUAAGCUUAUUGUUGCUAAAAAGCUAGAUGUGAGUAUGCAGAGCUUUUCUGCUAAUAAUAAAGCACAAGUGCCAUGUGUAUGUGGCUUUGCUUUUGUAUUAAUAAUAUAAAUAUAUCCCUUUCGUGAUCAGCAUAGUCUUUCACUUACCACAGAUGUCUGCUUUGGUCUUUCAUGCAACAAAAACAUGAAUUUAAAAGCAAAUUUUAGCUCCCUCACCCUUUUUUCUUAACCAUGGACCGAAUCUGCAUCUAUUAUUUGAUGUAACUGAUAAAACAUCUAUGCAUUUGUAUUUAGCUGUGGAUAAUAAGAAUAGGUAGCAUUGUUCAUCUAGUAUGUUGGUGGUUUUAUUUUCAAAGGAAAACAUGAGGUCAGAAUCAUCAUGUAGUAUGCAUCAAAAAUAUAUGGGAUUUGCAGAUGCUGUGUCCUUUGCAUUUAAUGAUUGAUGUUGUAUAAUAUGUCAUCAGAAGGUUGAUGUUUUGGCUGACUGGAGGGUAAAAACAGUAUAGUUUGUAUUCCAUUUUGUAUCGAAAUGGAUCUCUUUGUCUGGCCAUAUAAUUCCUGCAAUGGUUAGAAGCCUCCCAGCCUUCUGGAGAUGUUUAGGUGUUUACAUGCUGGUUUAAAUCAGAUAGGUACUGCUGUUUAAAUUGUCGUUGGGUAAUCUCAUAAACUCUGCAGUGUACAUUACGACACUUCAACAGGAGAUGGAGAUGUAUUCACACAUAAGAUCUAGUCUUGGUGCAGUCCAUUUAACCUAUCCACAUGUUUGUUUCUUUUUUUGGCAUGAAAGUUUACGAUGAAAAGCAUGUAUGACAGAUUUGUGCAAUAUUUUUAUGUAGAUAUGUAAAACUUAUUGUGACCAAGCACCUUAUAGCUGUUACAACUCUUACAGAUGUGUUUGUUUCCUUGUGCUGUCAUUACAUUUUUGGUUGCUUAUUUUAUCUUUCUGUGCGAAGAGCGUAUAAGAUGAUUGCUACUACAAAGUAAAAAUCUUAAAAUGGAUGUUAAUCUAAAAGAGCCAUCUGUCAGAUCGUAGCUAUCCUGAGGAGACAUUUAGUAAAUAAAGCUUAGCGUUGUAGUUAUGGUGUUAUUUUCAUUGGGGGGGGGGGGUUCCUGAGAAAAUUUAA